AUGGACUAUGGAGCUCUUGGUGAUGGCACAACUGAUGAUUCAAAUGCAAUUUCAAAUGCAUGGCAAGGUAUGUGUGGAGAGGAAGAACCAGCAACUCUACUGAUACCUUCAAACAAAAUAUUUUUGGUGAAAAGAUUAAACCUAAAUGGUCCAUGCAAAGCUCCAAAUGUUGGCAUUAAGAUAUUCUAUGUAAAUGGUCUGACAAUUGAGGCUGAUGGAGGAAUCAUUGAUGGCAACGGUUCCACUUGGUGGGAGAAAUGCAGAACAUGCAGAAGGCCAACAUCCUUACGUUUCCAUUCUUGUAAUGGUCUUACUGUUAAAUCUCUAAGUAUGAGUAACAGCCCUGGAGCUCACAUAUCAGUAAAUGGCUGCAAUGGAGCAUUAUUCUCUCACAUCAAUAUCAAUUCUCCUCCAAAAAGUCCUAACACUGAUGGCUUUGACAUUGCCAAUUCCAAAAAUAUAGUAAUCCAAGAUUCUACUCUGGCAACAGGUGAUGAUUGUAUUGCCAUCAAUGGUGGUUCUUCUUACAUCAAUGCAACUCGACUUUUUUGCAUAGGAGGCCACGGGAUAAGCAUUGGAAGCCUUGGCAGAAACAAAUCCUAUGAAACAGUCGAAGAGGUACAUGUACAAAAUUGCAGCUUCAUUGGCACCACAAAUGGAGCAAGAAUCAAGACAUGGACAGGUGGAUCAGGGUAUGCAAGAAAAAUCAUGUUUGAGGAAAUCAUACUGCAAGAUGCUAAGAAUUCAAUUAUUAUAGACCAAUACUACGGCAUUAAAACUCCAAGUGAAAAAACAAUUAACUUAAACUGUAGUCCAUUUGGUUGUUUCAACAUUACAUUGGAUCAGAUUUAUAUUGUCUCUUCAAAAUCUUCUAAACAUGUCUAUGCUUUUUGUAAAAAUAUUGUUAAUGGGACGAUUGGAUCCACAGUUCCAAAAGUAUCUUGUCAAUAA